AUGACAUCCAAAUUUACAAAACUCAGCGGUCAAUUCAUCGGCAGAUUCACCCGUCCCACAACCUCUCCUUCUCCUCAUCACACUGAUUUGGUCCAAAAGGUUUCGAUUUUAAAAACCGAGCUUUUAACGAAAGGCAACACAAAAGAAAAAUUCGAGAGCGUUUUGGAUCAGAACGGACAGUGGCUCUUUACAAGCUAUCGUGAUGGAGCUGGAAUCGUCGAGCUUAUGGAUCAACUCUUUCCUCAUCCUUACUUGGCUCUUCAGGUUUUAGAGUGGAGGAGAAGACAAUUGGAUUGUUGCAUCCCUUUGACAUCGGAAGAGUAUGCAAAAGGAAUCAAAAUCGCCGGUCGAGCUAGAGACACGAACCUCGCGGUGUAUCUUUUCAACGAGGCGGCUAAGAAACGAAUCCAGACGACGUCGGUUUACAAUGCCCUGAUGAGUGCUUACAUGUGGAACGGCCUCGCCGAGGAAUGCCAGUCGCUUUUCAGAGAUUUCAGGAGGCAAACGCAUUGUGCUCCAACCAUUGUGACUUACAAUGUUCUUUUAUCAGUCUAUGGACGACUUCUGAUGGUAAAGAACAUGGAAGCAGCUUUCGAAGAGUCACAAAGACUGAACCUUUCGCCAAAUUCCGCUACUUACAACUGUUUGAUUGCUGGUUAUGUGACUGCUUGGAAUUGGGGUAAAAUGGAAGAUACUUUUAGAGAAAUGAAGAUGGGUCAAGUCGAGCCUGACACUGACACGUAUCUGCUGAUGCUUCGAGGGUAUGCAAACUCAGGGAGUUUGGAGAAGAUGGAGGAGAUUUAUGAGUCGGUUAAAGAUGAGGUUGGUGUGAACAGAGGUCAGUUAGUCAGAGCUAUGAUCUGUGCGUAUUGCAAGAAAGGUGUUGAGGAUAGAGUUAAAAAGAUUGAGAAUUUACUGAGUCUUCUCUCUGGUGAGGAGUAUUUUCCUUGGCUGAAUGUGCUUUUGAUUCGAUUAUACGCUCAAGAAGACGUUGUGGAGGCGAUGGAGAGUAGAAUCAACGAGGCGUUUGAGAAUAAGACGUGUGUUAACAAAUCGAGUAUCAUGAGGGCAAUCAUCGCAGCGUACUUCAGGUGUGAUCAGGUUGAUAGUCUCGCGAGUUUCAUCAAGCGUGCAGAGUUUGCUGGAUGGAAACUGUGUAGGUCUCUCUACCACUGUAAGAUGGUGAUGUAUGGCUCUCAGAAACGGUUUGAAGAAAUGGAAGGUGUUGUGAAUGAGAUGGAAGAGACUAGUUAUGGGCUUGUUACGAAAACGUUUACGAUCAUGUAUAAGGCUUAUAAACAGCAUGGGAUGGAGUCUAGUGCUGAGAAAGUGAUGGGGAAGAUGCUGAAACAUGGGCUUUUAUAUAUUCCAAAAACUCAUCUAACUCAAGAUGCACCUCAAAUUGUGUAA